CACCCCGAUAUUUUGCCAGCCCUAAUGUAUGUACAUUUAGAAAAGGAGAAAACAAUGGACGAACUUUUGAAUGAGGUAGUGCCACAAGAAGAUUUAGAGAGAUUUGAAAGAAAAUAUCAUCACGAGCUGGAGUUAGACGGUGAAGUUACCACGGAGACUAAAUUCGAGUACCCAAAUAAGUAUGCAUUUUGUCUUGUUCGAAGUCGAUAUACUAACGAUAUAAGGAAGGGAAUAAUGUUUUUGGAGGAGUUGGCCCGCACACAUACAGAGGGAAGGCGUGACUAUAUUUAUUAUCUUGCUUUUGGAAAUGCUCGUAUUAAAAAUUAUGAUUUAAGCUUAAAUUACUGCAGAGCAUUUUUGGAAAUCGAGUCAAACGAGCAAGUUCGGUUGCUUGAGGAGUACAUUAAAAAGCAAAGUGAUAAAGAAAUAGCGAAGGGCAUGGCUGUUGCGGGAGGUGCUGCACUUGUUCUUGGUGGAAUUUUGGGAUUAGGAUUUGCUAUGGCUCGAAAUAAGCAAAAGCGGGAUAAACCAUAAUUCCACACCGCGGUUUUUACGGGAUUUUGUUCCAUACAAAGAUGCGAACAUGGUGAGACUAUCUCUGGCUCUUCGUUUAUUUAAAUUCUUCUAUUCCCAUAUUAGAAUUUAGUAAGCACACGAAAUUGUUAACAUUUGUUUUUAGUCUAAAUCAUUAUAUGUCUAUAUAAAAAAAAAAUUAUUUAAAAUAUCGUAAAA